AUGGUGCUUUACUCUAUUAUGACAUAUUAUUGGCCAAUUAGUCUAAUCAAAUUGGUGGAAGGUUGGUGUAUAAACUUUAUUUGGAGCGCAAAUAUUAACAAACGAAAGUUGGUUACAGUUGCGUGGAAGCAUUAUUGUAAAAAGGUAAAGGAUGGGGGGUUGGGUCUUAAAUCUUUGAGGGUGUUGAAUGAGGUUGCGGAUUUGAGACAAUGUUGGAGUAUUAAUCAGGGCCAUGGGGAUUGGGAUAAGAUUAUAAAGUCUAGAGUCAUUAAAAGAGGUAGGGCAACGACGAGAGUAUUAAUCUUUUGGGCAGAUAAUUGGUGUGGUCAAGCUCUAAUGGACAUAAUCUCGGGGUAUUCUCAUGAGUCUUCUGGUAUGUUUUUAAAGGAUUAUAUUAUUGAUAAUAGAAUUGUUCUUCCUUGUGAAAUUCUUAACUUAUGUCCAAGCCUUGUGCAAUUGUGUGAUUCUGUUAUUGUUAAUCAACAAGUGCAUGAUAGGAUGAUCUGGAAGCCUAUAGAAAAUCGUCUUCUAUCACUCAAAGUUGUGUAUAAGUAA